CUGUACACUUAAAAGUGUCAAAGUUUUUUUUGUUUUCUUCAAAGUUAUGAUUCCAAAUACCUUGUUGAACGUAUAAAACUUAUGACCUUAAAGUUCGAUACUUUGGUUUAGUAUUGUUAUAAUGACGGUAAUGUUGAGAACUUGAUGGCUUUAUUGGACAUGAUUGAUUUAUAGUCGUCCACUCCAUGUCAAUCGCCUGCGGGGUUCCCAUUCUUGAGUGUGUAUAUUGCCUGGGCUGUGCUCGUUGGUUGUGGCUAAAAUGCCUCUACACUGCUGGCUACGAGAGUGAGAACUGGGGACUAGCCACUACCGAAGAAUUCGAGCCCGUCCCCCGCCUCUGCCACUUAGUUCUAGCCGUCUACGAAGAUGAUCUCCGGAACCCGAUUUGGGCUCCCCCUGGUGGUUAUAGGAUUGACCCUGACUGUGUAAUCCUAAGAAAAGACUAUGAGGAAACCGAGGGCCGGGUUCCUCCUUAUAUGGUCUACCUUGAUCAUGACAAUGCUGAUAUAGUCCUGGCAAUUAGGGGACUAAAUCUAGCAAAGGAAUGUGAUUAUGCAGUUUUGCUAGAUAACAAGCUGGGGCAGACGAAAUUCGACGGUGGAUAUGUUCACAAUGGGCUGAUGAAGGCGGCAGGGUGCGUUUUUGACGCUGAGUGCGAGGGUUUGAGGGAAUUGGUAGAGAGAAACCCGACAUACACGUUAACAUUUACGGGGCAUUCCCUUGGAGCAGGGGUGGUGGCUUUGUUGACAAUGGUGGCACUUCAUAACCGCGAAAAGCUAGGAACGAUUGAGAGGAAAAGGAUUAGAUGCUAUGCCAUAGCUCCUGCUAGGUGCGUGUCUUUGAAUCUGGCGGUGAGAUAUGCCGAUGUUAUUAACUCGGUAGUACUCCAGGAUGAUUUCUUACCCAGGACAACAACUGCAUUGGAAGACGUAUUCAGAUCACUUAUCUGUUUACCAUGUUUACUUUGCCUAACGUGCUUGAAGGAUACAUGCACGCUGGAGGAAAGGAUGCUUAAAGAUCCAAGAAGGCUAUAUGCACCUGGUCGUCUCUAUCAUAUUGUAGAACGAAAGCCCUUCAGGAUAGGAAGAUUUCCUCCAGUAGUAAGGACUGCAGUGCCAGUUGAUGGGCGGUUCGAGCACAUUGUUCUUUCUUGCAAUGCAACUUCUGACCAUGCAAUCCUUUGGAUAGAGAAAGAAUCCCAACGUGCUCUUGAUUUAAUGCUGGAAAAAGAUCAAAUCAUGGAAAUUCCGCCGAAGCAGAGGAUGGAGCGCCAAGAGUCUCUCGUUCGGGAACAUGGCGAAGAGUACAGGGCAGCCCUUCAGAGGGCGGUAGCUUUGGAUAUUCCUCAUGCCACCAUAUCUUCGCCUUAUGGGACAUUUCCUGAAAUGGAAGAAGGGGAGAAUUCCGGCAGGUCAAGCGAGGAGACUUCAUUGUUGUCGUUCAAGAAAUGGAGGGAAAGUUGGGAUAACUUCAUAGAACGUCUGUUUGAUGUGGAUGAGUCUGGUCACAUGGUGUUCAAGAGGACAUAACCACCUUGUAACAUAGCCAACAAAAAAUAUUCUUUGAUUCAAUGGGAAAUAUUCUCUGCAUUUAUGUUUAAGCUUCAUCCAGAAAUCAGAGAAUUCCCACAUGAAGCUAACAGAGGUUCGCUUCUGUUUAAUCGUACAAAAUUGUUAAUGUUUAUUAGGUCGCCAUAGAAAUUAUAGUUAAAGUUUUGAUGUAAAUUAAUUAACUUUCUGCCAUUUAUGGGCAUUUCAAUGGUUUGGACUUUGGAGGAGU